AGGGGAGGAGGCGCUGCAGGGCGAACACAGAGUACCAGCUGAACCAACAAGAGUUAGCAACCGAUUUCCUCUCACGAUACAGCACAGGCAGAUCUAAAAGCUCUCCGCAGCCACUCCCAAGAUGGCCUCUUGCCAAAAUCAACGCGACGGCGAAAAGUACGACCCGUUCGGCUUCGCGGCGCAACCUUGCACCUUCCCGCCGGGGACGGACCAGAAGGUCAUCAAGGCCUUCGACGCCGUGGACAAGGACUGCAGUGGCACCAUUGACGAGUGCGAGCUGCGGACGGCGCUGACCAAGUGCAACCACACCUUCACCGACCGAACCGUCCGCUUCUUCAUGUGCACCUUCUCCAAGGACGCCACCCGCAGCCGCAUUGGGCCCGGGGAAUUUGUGGUUCUUUUCAACAGUCUGAAGCGAUGGAGGGAUGUCUUCUGCAAGGCGGACAAGGACAGGGAUGGAGUCAUACACGGCAAUGAACUGAGGACCGCUCUCAACAGCCUGGGUUUCCCCGUUUCUCCCCAGGCCGUCAAUCUCAUGAUCGCUACGUACAUUCGCGAGAAGCGCAGCAACGGUGUUCCAUACGACAAGUUCAUACAGUGCUGCGUCAUUGUUAAGGGGCUGACUGAAACGUUCAAGGAGCAGGAGAGAAGCCCGGGCUCCGCUACUUUCACAUAUGAGCUCUUCAUGCAGGCAGCGCUGAUGUUCACUGCUGCUUAAGUCUGGAAAAUUGUAUGCUUCCAAACCAUGAAUGUGUCCACGUCUAUGAAAUAAGGUUCAUUAGGAUGGUGUCCUUAAUUGUUAGAUGAGGCCAUCCACUCUGUUCUUUGUCCUAGUAACUAUUCUCGAGUUCUACUCUGAAUUAUGUAAUAAUAAAUAGCUUUCUAUGUUUCA